AUGGCUUGUGCCGUCCGGGCCAGGUCACGCUGCCGCUCUGUGGAACGCGCUCGGCGGGGGGCAGCGGACCGCGCUCUCCUCCUUCCCUUCGCCGGGAGCGGGGUGGGCCGGGAGGGGCGGCUGUGCCGCCGGCGGGGCCGGGUGCCCGCACAGAAGGCUCUCUCCGGUGGAAGCACGCUGCGCCCCAACUCCCGGCUACGCAGCCUUCAGUUCGCCAACUUCGCCGCCGUGCAGCACGUGUAACUCCUUGACAGGAUGGCAGACAAAAGAACAGCUGGUGCAAAGCGAUAGGGGAUUCGGAGGGAGGAGGAGGAAAGCCAACCGCAAACCUUUCGCCCGCACCGUCGACACCCGCCGAUUGCCGGAGCAGCGGCUGCGCCGGGGCGCGCGGGGCCACCAUGCGCAGGUCUAGCACCGAUGAGUCGACCUACCACCGGAGCCCUUCCCUGGACAGCAAGGAUUACAGUUUCCCAAAUGGCGCCUUCCGUCGCUACAGCAGCAUGUAUGGUGGCCAGUUUGGGGCUGCCAGCAACUCUUUUUUCGGAUUCCACACCAACCCAGGCCCUAAGGCCACCAAGGCUAAGUACACGUCCCCGAAGGGAAACAAGUACGUUGUCUUUUACCUGGAUCUCUCAUUUAUUUUUCUCCUAGAACUGAAGAGGUGCAGCAUGGCUCAUAACUGCCUGCAGUGUAUCAAGUACCUAAUGUUUGUCUUCAACCUUCUCUUCUGGUUGGGAGGCUGUGGAAUCCUUGGAGUAGGCAUCUGGCUGGCUGUUACCCAAGGGAACUUUGCCACCCUCUCCUCUUCUUUCCCAUCCCUGUCAGCUGCCAACCUACUGAUCGUCACAGGGACAUUUGUCAUGAUCAUUGGCUUCGUGGGCUGCAUAGGCGCCAUCAAAGAAAACAAGUGCCUCCUGCUGAGUUUUUUUAUCAUGCUGUUAAUUAUAUUUCUCUUGGAGCUUACUGUUGUGAUUCUGUUCUUCGUCUACACUGACAAGAUUGACAGGUAUGCUCAGCGGGAUCUGAAGAAAGGGCUUCAUUUGUAUGGGACAGAUGGAAAUAUUGGCCUAACUAAUGCAUGGAGCAUCAUUCAAACAGAUUUCAGAUGCUGUGGAGUCUCCAACUACACUGAUUGGUUUGAAGUGUACAAUACAACCCGGGUGCCGGACUCCUGCUGCUUAGAGUUCAGUGAGAACUGUGGCCUCCAUUCCCCAGGGACCUGGUGGAAAGCGCCUUGCUAUGAAACGGUGAAAAUAUGGCUCCAAGAAAACCUACUAGCAGUGGGAAUCUUUGGAUUGUGCACAGCGAUGGUGCAGAUUCUCGGACUCACCUUUGCAAUGACCAUGUAUUGUCAGGUAGUCAAGGCAGACACCUACUGUGCAUAGAUACCAUUCCCAAUCUUUCUGCUCCUCCUCCAAAGGACACAGGAGAAAUCUCCUUCAUGCUCAUUCAUCUGACCUUUUUUUUUCCCCCCUUUGUACUAUAAACUGUGUAUAAUGCUAUCUUUCUGAAGAUUUUGUGAAUCACCCCACUUCACUGAAGGAGGAAGAAAAGAAAAAGUCAGUACUUGAACUGGCACAGGUAAGAAGCAGCCUUGUCUUCACACAGAAGAAACCCUCCAAAGAGCAAUGGUUCCUCUUCCACGGCCUGGGGCAAGGCAAAGGGGGCUGCGUACGAGGGGCUAACCUGCAAACCGAUGUUAGGAAAAGCUCACACUGAGGCAACCUCUGCGAAACCGGCCAGGCUGCCUUCCCACGCUUCACGGUCUGGAAGAGAGGGCAUACGCAAUGAGUAGUUCUUCAGCGUGGAAAGAAGGUACAGAGUAGCUAGCACUGAAUGCAAUUGUAAUUUCACGACAGUUUGCACACAGCUAAAAUGUCAAGAUCAAGCAGCCCUGCCUCCAAGUGUGUCUCACAAUGAUUUUGUAGCCAGAAGAAGAUCAUCUUCAGAAAUAUGUUCUUUCAAAGGAGUAUUUUUAAUCUUACGCGUUGCAAAGUCAGGCUUUUAAUCAGAAUCUGUACAGUGAGAUCUGGCUGUUAAGGGAAAACAAUAUUGGACAUUGUCUCACUUAUUAAUUGCCAGUGGCAUAUAGAUGGUUGACUGUAUAUGUAAUAUAUAUUACGUUCGUCUACACAUACUGUUCUGAAAGGAGGUGAAAAUACCCAGCAUCUGACCUCAGAAAGAGGGAACCUUUCUAUCCCAUUUUACAUUCCAACUGAAGUAACCGAAUAUUAUUUCUUGUAGGAGGCACCAUCACUUGUACCUCUGGGAAACAAGUAAUUACUUUCAGCUGUAUCUUCAUUUCAGUAAACAACUUGUGAGUGGGCUCUCUCUGUCAUUCUACUAUGACUUUAUUUUUUAUCAUGCCCGUUUCAAGUUAGUCUGCCAAAAAAUAUCAUUCAUUUCCACACUUGAAGAUCUGUACAAAGCUGUCAGCUGUUCCUUCCCUCAAUGUCACCAUUUCAUUAAUUUACUUUGGGAUAUCAUCAUCUGCAGGUAUGAUACAGUUUGCCUUGCUGAGGAAAAAAAUCUUUUGCACAUUGCUCA